CUUUUUCUCUCUGCCUCUGCCUUUCUUUCUGUGUCUCACUCUCUUCCUUAUGGGUGUGGCCUCUACAAUAUUUAUGAGAUCUGCCCCUACUUGCUCAGCUAAUGAUGUAUUCCAGCCCGGGGUUAGCUGCCUCUGUAGAGCGGUUGCUGGGAGGGCAGUAGGACCAGAGUGAGUGGUGACUGUAAUUGGAAACCAAAGCUUUCACCGGCAGAGCUCAGCUACUUUCCAAUCACUCUUAGGUGCUUAAUUAAGGAAUGGGGAGAAGAGCUCCCGGUGCCUGAUAGCAAUAAGGAUUAUUUUACAAAGAAACUGGGAGCACGUUUGCAACUACCAGGAGGAAAAGGUUUUCUGCAAUGAGCCAGGUUUGGAAUUAAAGUGUUCUGGUGAAAGGAGCGGAGUCCAUAAACUGAUAGAAAUUUGAUGGCAUUGCAUUACUGAUCCCUUCAGUAGCUAGGUUUUAUUUCUUGGAUAUUAAGUUUCACAUCUGAAGAUAUGGCAUUUCUAGCAGUCCACGUGUUGAUUGGGAUGUUUAUUUACUCUAGCACUGUGAAAGGAUCCCCCCAGCCUCAGGCCAGGGUGUUCUUAACAUUCAAUGAACUGCAGGAAACCAAGACCUCUGAAUAUUACCAUAUAUCCCACCACCCACUCGAUUACAGGAUAUUAUUAAUGGAUGAAGAUCAGGACCGGAUCUAUGUGGGCAGCAAAGAUCACAUUUUGUCUUUGAAUAUUAAUAAUAUAAGCCAGGACCCUCUGAGAAUUUUCUGGCCAGCAUCAGCAAUCAAAGUUGAAGAGUGCAAAAUGGCUGGCAAAGAUCCUACACAUGGCUGUGGAAAUUAUGUACGUGUGAUACAGACCUUCAAUCGCACCCAUUUGUACGUCUGUGGGAGUGGAGCAUUCAGUCCAGUAUGCACAUACCUCAACAGAGGGCGCAGGUCUGAGGAGCAAGUCUUCAUGAUCGACUCCAAGUGUGAAUCGGGGAAGGGGCGCUGCUCUUUCAACCCUAAUGUGAACACAGUAUCUGUUAUGAUCAACGAAGAGCUGUUUUCAGGAAUGUACAUAGAUUUCAUGGGGACCGAUGCAGCAAUUUUUCGCAGUUUAACCAAACGGAAUGCAGUGAGAACUGACCAACACAAUUCUAAGUGGUUGAGUGAGCCUAUUUUUGUGGAUGCUCAUCUCAUCCCAGACGGCACAGACCCUAAUGAUGCCAAAGUGUACUUCUUCUUCAAAGAGAGGCUUACAGACAACAGUGGCAGCACCAAACAGAUUCAUUCAAUGAUUGCUAGAAUAUGCCCAAAUGAUACUGGUGGACAGCGUAGUCUUGUAAACAAGUGGACAACAUUCUUGAAAGCAAGACUUGUGUGCUCAGUAAUGGACGAGGAUGGAACGGAGACAUACUUUGAUGAAUUAGAGGAUGUAUUUCUCCUAGAAACAGAUAACCCUAGAACAACAUUGGUGUAUGGAAUUUUUACAACAUCAAGCUCUGUAUUUAAAGGUUCAGCAGUGUGUGUGUAUCACUUGUCUGAGAUCCAAACAGUGUUCAAUGGACCCUUUGCACAUAAGGAAGGUCCUAACCACCAGCUAAUUCCAUAUCAGGGCAGAAUUCCAUAUCCACGACCUGGCACAUGUCCUGGAGGAGCCUUUACACCCAACAUGCGGACAACCAAGGAAUUCCCCGACGACGUUGUGACCUUUAUUAGGAAUCACCCCUUGAUGUUCAAUCCCAUUUACCCAAUACACAAAAGGCCAUUAAUCAUUCGGACAGGAACAGACUACAAGUAUACAAAGAUAGCAGUGGACCGAGUUAAUGCUGCUGACGGACGAUACCAUGUCUUAUUUCUUGGAACAGAUCAGGGGACUGUACAGAAAGUUGUUGUCCUACCCACCAACUCUUCUGCAAGUGGAGAGCUCAUUUUAGAAGAACUGGAGGUUUUUCAGAAUAAUGCUCCCAUAACAACAAUGAAGAUUUCAUCUAAAAAGCAACAGUUAUAUCUGAGCUCGGAGGAAGGGAUCACGCAGGUAUCUUUGCAUCGCUGCCAUAUCUAUGGAACAGCCUGCGCUGACUGCUGCCUCGCUAGAGAUCCUUACUGCGCUUGGGAUGGCAAUUCCUGCUCCAGGUUCUACCCAACAGGGAAGAGGCGGAGUCGUAGACAAGAUGUGAGACAUGGAAAUCCUAUGACUCAGUGCCGAGGAUUUAACUUGAAAGCGUACAGAAAUGCGGCAGAAGUCAUUCAGUACGGAGUGAAAAACAACACCACCUUUCUUGAGUGCACCCCUAAAUCUCCCCAGGCAUCCAUUAAAUGGCUCUUACAGAAAGACAAUGACCGAAGGAAAGAGGUCAAACUUAAUGAAAGGAUCAUAUUGACUGAGCAAGGACUCUUGAUUCGCUCUGUCCAGGAUACUGACAGAGGACUCUACCAUUGCAUUGCGACAGAGAACAGCUUCAAGCAAACCAUAGCAAAGAUCAACUUCAAAGUGUUAGAUUCAGAUAUGGUGGCCUUCAUGACUGACAAGUGGUCCCCCUGGACCUGGGCCAGCUCUGUACGAGCACUGCAGUUCCACCCAAAGGACUUCAUUGGAGCUUUCAGCCAUUCAGAAAUGCAGAUGAUUAACCAAUACUGCAAAGACAGCAGACAGCAAGGACAGCGCGGAGAAGAAUCCCAGAAGAUGAGAGGGGACUAUGGCAAGUUAAAGGCCCUGAUUAACAGCAGGAAAAGUAGGAACAGAAGGAAUCAAUUACCAGGAUCUUAAUUUUUUCAUUUGGAGCCUCAGAUGUGUUUGUUCUCCCUGAAGAGGGCUCUUGUUUGUCUGUUGAGAGCAUAUUAAAAUAAAAAUUAGUAAAGCAUGCCUGAGAAACAGUCUUCUCCCAGUAAAAUGCAGUGUAACUUAAUUAAAGAAAAUAUAAAACCAGCGUUUUCUUUGUGAGAUGCUCACUGGCACUGCAUAGGUCCCUAUUGUAGCAGCGAAACUGAAUAUGUACCUUAACCCAUUUGAUAUCCUGAUAUUUACUUACAGUUGAAGAGAAAGAAAGAAAAUCAGUGCAUUAAUUUGCAGUUUUGGAAUUGAGCAGAACAGAAGGGGAGAGAGAUAAUUUGGGUUAAGAUGGCUGUUCAAAUGAGGGUGAUGCCCAGGGAUUUCUUGCACUGCAUUUAAGUCUAUGAGUUUCUAAUUGUUUACGGUUCAAUGUUGGGUUUACAAUUUUCAUUCACUGUACAAGUCAUGUGAAUGCAUGAAGCUAAGAAGCUGGCAAAAGUAAAGUACAGUAGAAGUGGAUAGUACAGAAAAAAAAAACCCUCAAGGUCAAAUUAAGGUAAAAGUAGGACAAAAAGAGAAAAAAUGGUAUUAUACUUCAGGAAACACUAAUUAUUGUCCAUAAUAUGAGCUGUAAUACAUUCUGAGACUUAAUUUACAAAUAUCUCUGCUCAUAUUGACAUCAAAUAGUAUAUUGGCCCUAUUACACUUCAUAGCUUUGUAAGCAACAUGAGGACUCUGAUUAUAGGUAACAUUUUCAAAAGUAUAUAAGUCACUUAGGUGCUUUUGAAAAUGUGACCUUAAUGUGAGCAGAAUGUGGAUGGCUUGUACAAUAUUUCCUCAAAUACUAGAACCACAGAUUUCUUUUAUAAUGUCCCAAAUGAUAAAGGUUAGAGCUGGUUGAAAGAUGUGCAGAAAAAAUCAUGAAAAUGUUUGAAAGUUUCAAAAGCAGUAUCUUUUCAAAGUUUUCCAAGAGAGCUGACUAAAAAAUGUUCAGAAAAUUGCUUUCCAAAAUUAUUUGAUUUCAAAAAUGUCCAGUUUUCAAUUUUUUUCCUUUCUUUCAUCCUUUUCUCCUUUUUUUAUUAACCCAGGUGCUAUUUGUUGCUGAAAAGGGGGAAACAAGGGAACCGUUUAGAAUGGGGCAAAAAAUAAAAUUGAAAAAACUGUUUUUUGUCUUUCCCCCUGCUCCCCCCCGCAAAAAAGGAACAUUUCAAAAUAAGAUUUUUGGUGACAUUUUCAUUUUCAAAAGCCAUUUUUCAGCAAAAAACAUUUUUGUUAAAAAGAAAUCUUCACCAGCUCAUGAUUUGUAACAUGCCAAAUAGAACUGGUUGAAAACUUGGUGAAUGUUUUUCUGUCCAUCCAUCCAGCUUGGUACAAAAAUGUCACCAUUUUCCAACCAUCUGUAAUGCAAAAUAUCAGGGGCAAAUCCUGCUAGCCUUACAUAUGUGAGAAGUUUCCUGGGGUCCACGAAGACUACUCACAUAAGACAGUUAUUAGCAACAGAUAGCACCACAGAAUAUCACAGGCAAUGCAAUGACAUUUUGCGACUGCAGCAAAAUAAGCUAAUUAAAGAUAUUUUAUAUUCAAACAAAAUAACAUAAUUUUAUGAUGAACUGAGGAAAAAUAACUUCUAAACCCAGAGGCGGUUUUCAAAAAAAAAAUGCCAGCCAUUCUAAUAAAAUGAUGCCUUCAAACAAAGUAUCUAUAUCCAGAGGUUCUCAACCUGUGGGUCAGGACCCCAAAGUGGGUUGCGACCCUGUUUUAAUGGGGUCACCAGGGCUAGAAUUAGACUUGCUGCGGCCUGGAGCCAAAGCCGAAGCCUGAAGGCUUCCGCCCUGGGUGGCGGGGCUCAGGUUACAGGCCUCCUGCCUGGGGCUGAAGCCCUUGGGCUUUGGCUUUGCCCCGCGCAACCUGGGGCACUGGGGCUCAGACAGGCUCAGGCUUCAGUCUCUCCUCCUGGGGUCAUGUAGUAAUUUUUGUUGUCAGAAGGAUGUCGCAGUGCAAUGAAGUUUGAGAACCCCUUAUUCUAUCCAUUAUUAUUUUAACUUUAUUUUAAAACAGUUUGUGAAAGCUUUUUGAGCAUGAUUCUUAGCCCACUUCCUUUGGUGUAUAUCGGGAGUAAGUCUACUGAAGUGAGUAGAAUUACUCAAGAUUUACAGUAGUGUGAUGAAGAGUAUGUCACAAUUACAUUAUUCUGGUUUCAAACUGAUGCGCUGGCAGUCAGGCGUGUUACCAUUUUGCCGUUCAGUGACGGAACAGCUGGGAAAUAUGCUUUGAUUCAGCAGAUCACGGAAGCACAGGCUUAUGUCCCAUUGUCAUCAGUGGGACCACUCAUAAUUAACUGCAAGUUUAGCACACGCUGAAUUGUUUUGCUUAAAGGGGGCUGGGAUGGCUCAUGUGCUUAAAUCUGAGCCUCUAUUUAAGUGCUUUGCUGAAUCAAGGCCUAAAUGCAUAUUAGUGAACUAUGUACACUGGUGUAUAGUGGCCUGAACCAAAGCCCAUGGGAACCAAUGGGAAGAUUCCCAUUGAUUUAAUUGAGCUUUGGAUCAGGCCUCAAGAGCUGGCAGGGUAGAUUCAACAAAGACUAAAUGAAAAUGAGUAAAUGAAAAUCACUUUUUGCCAGGUGUCUUGCAGUGGAGAAAAUAUCCAUUUGGUAGGAUGGGAGACUUUCUGAAGAUUCAAUACUUAAGUUACAAACCAAAAAGUUGUUUUGGGCUCCACAAAACAAAACUACCUCCUAGACUGACAUUAGUUCAUAUACUCUGUAUGCUGCACUUGCUCUUCCAAUGUUAUCCAGGAGAUUCACUGCACAGUUAGUAUAACAUUAAUGUCUGUUGUGAGGCUCAUAAUUGAUUCCAGAUGAAAUAUGGCAUUUAAUAAGCGUUUAAGGGUACGAUUUAUUCUUUGAGCGGUUGACUACAUUGAUAUUUUAAUAGGCCCCCAUCAGGCCUCAAAAAUGAUAGUUACAUUGUUUAUAACUGAAUAUUGGCAAUAUGGGAUUCAGUUAAAACAAUCAGCAUAGCUCUGAGUUUCGUAUGAUUAUAAAAUAAUAUUUUUAAAGCUGCUUCACGUACAAUUCUUAUGGUAUGACUGUUUAAGGGAUUAUACUUAAACUAACAUUUUUCUGCUGCAUGAAAACUUAAGUGUAUACAUAACAAACUUCUGUCAACGUGUAGCCAGUCCAGCCUUCCAUGCUUUAGCAGGUCUCCUCUGUGUAUAAUGUAGGUAGGGACCAGAUUCUCAGCAGGUGUAAAUAGGUCUAAUUUCCUUGAUUUCCAUAGAACUACAGGGAUUUAUACCUGCUGAGGAUCUGGCCCUAAAUGUACAGGCUAGACUUACUACAAGUUUUUUCUUUUUAAAGUAGACCCCGGUCCCCAUUUGUAUGUAACAUGGACAUUUAAGAUUGUAAUAUUGUUUGUGCUAUUUAAUAACUUCCUAUUUUGAGGAUUACUGAAUAAUGUAUAUAAUUUUAUUCCCUUUUUUAAAGAAACACCUUCUAGAUAUAACUUUGCCAAAUGUAAAGAUAAGUUCUCUGUCAAGAACUCCAUAAGAACUUUUUUUUUGCUGCUUUUAUUUUGUGUAGUUUGUAAAGUUUGCUGAAAUCCUGAUUUAACAAUGUGUUCUUUGAAUCCUCAGUACUGUACAUAAACGUGUUUCAUUCAGAAAACCCUCUUUUUAAGAAGUGUAGGUAUGUGUAUAGUUCCUAGCAUGAUGAAACUGUCAUUACAGUGAAUAUUCAUUAUAUCCUGUGAAAGAAAGAACAAAAUGUAGUUUAACACAGUGCUAUUUAAUUGGAAUUAUUAUUUGCCUGACAAAAUAAAGUGUGUUGAAACCACUUAA